AACUUGCGUUAAUUUAGUAUUUUCAUAUUAAAAAUAGACAGCGCAAUUCGCAAUCGUUGUUUUACUUUCGUAACAAACGCACAUAUCGAUAAAACGUACAAUAAUAUGUAUUAUAGUACACACUUACGUAAGCACAUGCAUAUGUGCAUAUACUACAUAGUACAUAAUAACAAAGAACGUAAUUAAAUUUAAACAACAAGUGAUUCGCGUGAAAUUGUCGGUAAUUUGUCGACUUGUUUGCAUAACAAUAACGUCAAAAUCACCACUUAACGGCAAUUUCAUUAAGGCAAAAACAACAACAAAAUGACUCAUUGGGUGUUAAUAUUGUUGGCGUUGCUGAUGUAUACAGGCUCCCUCGAAGGUGCAUCAAAACGUUUCUUCACUGAUUUCUUGCAAGACUUGCCUACACCCGGCACUGGGGGACCCUCAUUCGACACAACUGUGCAAACGAAUAUUACGGGUUUGGUCGGCAAAACAGUGAAGCUUACGUGUCGAGUAAAGAACUUAGGAAAUCGAACAGUCUCCUGGGUACGUCAUCGUGACAUUCACCUGCUGACAGUUGGUCGUUACACCUACACAUCGGAUCAACGCUUCGAAGCGAUGCAUUCGCCGCACGCCGAGGAUUGGACGUUACGUAUACGCUAUGCACAACGCAAAGAUUCGGGCAUAUAUGAGUGUCAGAUAUCAACAACACCACCGAUCGGGCAUUCCGUCUAUCUGAAUAUAGUGG